AGAUUUUCAAGAAUAUUUUGGCAAUCGUGGCUUAUCGCGCGAAGGUAUAACAUUUCUUGAUUCGUUGCUUCAGUUUGAUCCACGUGAUCGACCGUCGGUUGACGAUGCUUUGAACAGUCCAUAUUUAACAAUGUGGCAUGAUGAAGAAGAUGAACCUAUUGCAACACCGUUACACGAUGAACAUCAAGAUGCUACUCAUACAGUUACAGAAUGGAAAUCAAUCAUAUGGAAUUUGAUGGUUGGAUUCACUGUGCCAGGAUGGGUAACAGUCAGCAUGGAGGAGGAUUAA